GUGUGUGUGUGUGUGUGUCUGUGUGUGUUUCCUCUCCUCAGGUGCUGCGUAGUCACGUGAAUGGUGCGCGUGGGCGGAGGCUGGGACACGUUGGAACACUACCUGGACAAGCACGACCCCUGCCGCUGCGUCGCCUUCGCCCAUCGCUACCACCAGUCCAAGGCGAGCAGUCAGGGUGGCCACAGCAAGUCUUCCAGCGCCCCACUCCUCCCGCUCCACCAGUCCUGGACCACACUGGCAGCAACGAGGGCAUCGGCCCCUACAAGCCCCCCGAGCGGCGCUCCCUGGAGCCCCCCUGCGGGCCCUGCCCCCCCUCCUCCUCCCACGCGGCCCGGGCGCUCACACCACCCCUCCGCCCCCCUCGACAGAGCCGGACGGAGGCCGCGCCCACAACCUGCUCCCCCGGCCGCCGCGAGAGACCGGUCCGAACCACGCCACUUCAACCCUCUCAGGACUAAGGACUCCCUGCUCCCGGUGACCCGGCGUCUCUCUGGCGACAGUGACUCCUCCACUGCCUCCUCCAAGGGGGGAGGAGGGGGGAGGAUCUCCCUGGGGGGUGGCCGGCGUGGAGGCGAGGAGGUGGUGCUGAUGGUGAACAGGAAGGAGGGGAGACACGUGAUUGAGCGGUCCGGGGGCAGAUCCCAGCCCUGCGCCCCCCUCUGCCCCGCGCACGCAGCCACUCCCGGGAACGCCCCUCCGCCGCCGCCCCCACACUCAAACCCAGCCCCCCUCAGGGCCCCUCCGAGGGGCUCCGGAACCCCGCAUGGACCGUGGCCGCUCCCUGGGGCCUGAGG